AUGGCCGCUCAUCAGGAAGACGUGACAGAUCACACCACCGUUACGGUGAUCCGGGAGAAAGACGAGGAACACUAUGUCGUCGCCGAAGACAUUGUCAAGGGCGCGCAAAAAGCCACGGACGAUGAGCACGCCAUGGGCCUGAUGGAGGGUCUGCGCAAGUACCCCAAGGCGGUCUUCUGGUCCAUCUGGUUCUCCUCGGCGCUCAUCAUGGAAGGCUUCGACCAUUCCUUCAUCAGCGGUUUCAUGGCUUUCCCGGCCUUCCAGAGAAGAUACGGCGUUCUCACCAAAAACGGCUCCUACCAGAUUCCAGCAAACCUCCAAGCUGCCGUCAGCAAUGGAGUCAACGCUGGAGAGAUUGUCGGCCUCCUGCUCAAUGGUCUGCUGUGCGAUUGGUUCGGCUAUCGCUGGUUGAUGAUGGGCUCGCUCUUCCUCAUGGCGUGCUUUAUUUUCCUGCAAUUCUUUGCAACCGACAUCUACAUGUACAUCGGCGCCGAAGUCCUCCUGGGUCUACCCUGGGGUGUCUUCCAGACGAUAACCACCACCUACGCAGCCGAGGUAUGCCCCAACGUGCUGCGUCCCUACCUGACCAUGCUGGUCUCGUUGGCCUGGAGUAUCGGUUACCUCACGGGAACUGGUGUCCUACGUGGGUUCCUGAGCAUGUCGGGCCAAUGGGCGUACCGCAUCCCCUUUGCGCUGCAGUGGGCUCUACCCAUCCCCCUCGCCAUCGGCAUCUACCUCGCCCCAGAAUCGCCAUGGUGGCUGAUCCGCAAAGGCCGCACCGAGGACGCGACCAAGUCCCUCCGCCGGCUGCGUACCAAAGACGCAAGUGAAGAGGAGAUAACCGAUACGCUGGCCAUGAUGCUACACACGGUCAAGAUCGAGGACGAGAUGAGCGCGUCCAGCUCCUACUGGGAUCUGUUCAGGGGGGUCGACCGCCGCCGCACGGAAAUCACCGUCUUCACCUACCUCAUCCAGGAACUCUGCGCCCCGCUGGUGGCGUACAUUGUCUAUUUCCUCGAGCAGUCCGGCCUGCCUGCCUCCUCAUCUUUCGACUUUGGUAUCGGCGAGUAUGCACUCGCCAUCGUAGGAGUCUGUGUUGCCUGGUCUUUAGUCCCGCGCGUGGGACGCCGCACGCUCCUCCUGUCUGGAACCUUCUUUAUGACGGUGACAACUAUCCUUAUCGGCUUCCUGGGGAUAGUCAGCCGCAAGGCCCAUCCCAAGAUCGGAUACGGGAUUGGUACCAUCUUGCUGAUUGAGUACUUUGUCUUUUUCAUUACUAUUGGUCCCAUCAUCUAUACCAUCGUCACAGAAAUCCCGUCCAACGCUCUGCGGGCAAAGAGCGUCGGUCUUGCGCGAGCGCUUUAUAACGUCGCUGUCUUGGUGUAUGGCCAGCUGGCGCCGCGUAUGAUGCAGCAGGCGGCAUGGGACUGGGGAGCCAAGUGCGGGUUUUUCUUUGGGGGGAUCAUGGGGCUCGGUCUUGUCUGGGCGUACUUCCGGGUCCCGGAGACGAAGAACCGGACAUUUGCAGAGAUGGAUAUUUUGUUCAAGAACAAGGUUCCUGCGAGAAAGUUUCCCCAGACGAGGGUCGAUCUUGCGAGCGAGGAAGUCAGAGAGGACGUCUUGUAG